AUGAAUUAUCGAAUUCGCGCUCUAACGAAGACUUUCGCUCCCCACGAUCAUCACUUUGCCGAUUCGAAAGAACGAGUCGUGAUCGCAUUCCGCACCGGACACCUCAACCGCACCGAAUCACCCACCACCUCCAAAUCUUCCGCCAUGUCUUUCCAGGACCCAAAGAAGACGUCGCAGCUCGACGCACCAAAGAUCCACAAGAUCCGUAUCACCCUCACCAGCCGCAAGGUGCAGUCGCUCGAGAAGGUCUGCAGCGAGCUCAUCGAGCGUGCCAAGAGCAAGGAGCUUCGUGUCAAGGGCCCAGUCCGCAUGCCCACCAAGAACCUCAAGAUCUCUACCCGUAAGACUCCUUGCGGUGAGGGCUCCAAGACCUGGGACAUGUACGAGAUGAGAAUCCACAAGCGUCUGAUCGACUUGAACGCCCCAACCGAGGUCGUCAAGCAGAUCAUCAUCAACAUCGAGGCUGGUGUCGAGGUUGAGGUCACCAUCGCUGCCUAAGCGAGCGCACGAGGUGCACGAUUGAAGGAGGAGCAAGAAAAGAUGAACACAUCAUCCGCUAUAUCAACGCAAUCCACUUGAGCUGUGGUGCAGUCGCAAAGCGACGACAAGCUCCCAAUAUACGUCGUCUGCCGUUCUUGUCGUCCCAUGUCCAUCGCCUGAAAUUGAGUUCCGCGUUAUCCCAUUGAUGAGAAAGGCACUCAUACAUGACUCUUGAGAGUACAUGAAGAACAGCUUCCUGCGUCCUCGUCAUGCCAUUCCUUGUACAAUAUGCCAUCGAUCCCAAUUCGCUGGGCAGAAGUCACCUCGUGCGAGAUGUGAACCUUUCGGAAUACACAGUGUAAGACAGCUGGAAGAUCAUGGGGCUUCAUCGAAGUAGUCCUUUCUUGAAUGCUCGAAUAUGCUGCCAUCAUUGGCCAUGCCAAGUCUCGAUACCGAUCUGGUCCAUUGCGA